AUGGUGGCAUCUUCUGUGACACCAGGAUCAGGCAAAUCAAAGCUGGACACAUUGCCCAAAGAAGAUCUCAUCAAGUUUGCAAAAAAACAAAUGAUGCUUAUGCAGAAAGUGAAGUCAAGAUGUACAGAACUAGAGAAAGAGACUGAAGAACUCCGAUCUAAAACAGCUACUGGAGGAGCUGAUGAUAUUAUUCAGGCUCUCACAGAAAGACUGGAUGUUGUACUACUGGAAAAAGCUGAAAGUCAGCAGCAGUGUGUAGCUCUGAAAAAAGAAAAUACACAAAGAAAGCGAGAAGCAGAGGCUGCAGUGGCGAAGACAGAAGAAUUGCAGAAGCAACUGGAGCAAUCAAGUAUUGACUCUCAGAAAGAAAUAAAAGCUCUGAAAAGUGAAUUAGCGAAUGCACAAUGCAAACACAAUGAGGACGUAACAAAGCUGAAAAUAGAAUUAGAGGAGCGAGUGAAGAAACAAAUGAGGCUGGUGGAACAGAUUGAAUGUUACAGUGAUAGUCAAAAAGAAGUUCAAAGACUACAAGAGGAUGUCCAAAGAAUUAAAUCUACUUAUGAGGAGCAAAUUUUAUGUCUGCAUAAGCAGUUGGAAACUGUGAAUGAAGACAAAAACAAAGAAGUGACAAAUCUGCAAGAAACUAUUAAAAGCAACUCUCAGUGUUACCAUAAUGAAAUCAAUAAUCUGAAUGAAGAGCUUAAAAAAUUAAAAAAUGCUCAUCAGGAAGAGGUGUCAGAGUUAAUGCAUCAGAUUGAAAUAUCAUCGAAAGAAAAUGAAGAAAAGCAAAAUCAGAUAAAUCAGUUACAGCGCAGUUUGGCAGAGGACGGCUUAAUAAAAGAGAAAGAUGCAAAGGAUGAAAUGUGUGCUCGUACUGGCCAGCGUGAGCAUGACUUGGAGCAGCUGAGAGAAGUCUUAACUAAAAAUAUAGAAAGCAAGAUAGCUGUAGAUACACAAGAAGAACCUUGUGUAGAAGCGAAAAUGGAAGAAAAGGUUAGGCACCUGGAGCAUAACUUAGAAGAGCUCCAGUCCCAACAUAGUAUAUUAAAAGAUGAGUUAACUUACAUGAGUAAUGUUAAGCUAAAACUGGAAGAGGAAAUCCAUCGCAUAAAGGAUGAGUACUUUCAUGAGCGGGAAGACUUGGACUUUAAGAUAAAUGAAUUGCAGCUUACUAAAGAAGAAUACUGUUGUGUAAUUGAAAAACUAAAACUGGAGCUUCAAGCAGGAAGACAGCACUUUGAAACUGCUAUAAAAGAGCAUAAGUUAAAAACUCAAACUCUGGAAGAGCAACAUAAGAGAGAAAUUUCUGAACUAAAUGAAACUUUAUUAUCUGGUUCUGAAAAAGAAAAGAUGGCAUUAGGUUUUGAAGUGCAGGAACUUAGAGAGCAACUUGAAAAGCUAACUCAGGAGAAAGACGAAGCAGUGUCCAAUUACAACAGCCUGAGAGAAACAAUGGAAACUCUGCAGACGGAGCUAGGAGAAUCUGCUGGAAAGAUCAGCCAGGAGUUUGAAUCAAUGAGACAGCAGCAAGCUUCUGAUGUCAGUGAACUGCAACAGAAACUCCGGGCUGCUUUCAAUGAAAAGGAUGUUCUUCUUGAAACUGUGAAUCGCCUCCGUGAGGAAACAGAGAAACUGUCAUCUAAUCAGCUAGACAUAGAAGAACUUAAAUGUAGAAUCAUUAGUCUUCAGGAGGAGAAUAACACAAUAACAAACUCAGUUGACCAAAAAGAGACUGCUAUGAAGGAACUGGAAGAGAAGAUCAUUGCUCUGACUGAUCAAAACAAGGAUAUUUUAAAUGAAGUAAAAUGCUUGGCUGAAGAGAGAGAAACCCUUCAAGAAAGGUGUAAGCAAGAACAGGGAAAAGUUGAGGAACUUCAGCAAGAAGUAGAUGUUGCUAACCAGUACAAUAGCGACCUGAAGAAAAAGGUGGAGGAAUUAACAGAGAAACUGAACGAAGCUUUAACUAGAAAGAGUGAAAAUGCUGAAAAGCUAGAGCAACUGGAAAACCAGAUUGAGUCUCUGGUGCGUGAGAGAGAGAACCUUUCAUCUGAAGUACAUACUCUUCUUGAGGAAAAUAAGAAAAUCAUUCAGGAAAAGGGUGAAUUAAGUGAAGAGCUGGAAAAGGUUACAGCUGAAAAAGAUGGUUGGUUAGUGUUGAAAGAGCAGUCUGAAAACUUAGAAAAGAAACUACAAACGAUGACUGGAGAAAAAGACCAUAUAUCAACAUUACUUGAAAGUGAACAAGCGCACAGAUCCCUUGUAAGAACUCAGCUGUACCACUUACUCGAGCAAGUAGGGUCCAGCGUGUCAGAUUCUAACGAAGAGUAUGAUUCUCUUAACUUGUUACAAAUUGCAAAUGAAUCCUUGGCAAAAAUGAAAGAAGAGCACUGCCUUGCUCUACAGAAUGAGGAGAAAAUUCUUCAUUUGCAGCGGGAAGUUGAGAGACUAGAGGAAGAAAAUGCAGUUCAAUAUACAGAACAUAGAUCCCUGAUUCAGGAUUUUGAAAAAGAAAAGAAUCUCUUGAGAGAAGAAUUGGAAGGAGCGUUGUCUGAUAAAGCAGCACUUCAAAAUGAUAUCCAGGAGCUAAAGAAUGCCAGUGAAAAAAUGAGGAUUGAAAAUCAAGAUCUUGUAGCUAAUAUUGAAGAGAUCACUCAAAAACUUGCUCUUCAUGAAAGUCAAAUACAAGAACAGCAAAAAGGAUCAGAAAAACAAGACGACUUUAAUUUCAUUCUGGAACAAAAGGAAACUGAACUUAGAAAUGUGAAAGACGAACUGAGUUCUCUAAAGAACUUAAUGGAGACAUUGACUGAGAAAACUGAUCAACAGUCCUCAGUAGCAGAGCUUCAAGAAAAAAUUGGAUGGCUGGAAAAAGAAUCUGCAGAAAAAGGCGAGAAGCUAAAUAAAAUUAAGGUUGUUGCUGUGAAAGCAAAGAAAGAAUUAGAUGCCAGCCGAAAAGAGAUGCAGACCCUGAGGGAAGAAUUGGAGUUGGUUCGAUCAGAAAAAGAUCAGUUGUCUGCUUCAAUGAAAGAUGUCAUUCAAGGAGCUGAAAGCUAUAAGAAUCUUUUGAUGGAAUAUGAUAAGCAAGGAGAACAGCUGGAUUCUGAAAAAGACAGAGCAAAUAAUCUCGAACGUCAGAUAGAUGACCUCACAAGACAGCUACAGGUGUCAUCCCAGCAGGUCAGUUCUUUACACUCUGCUAAUGAAGACCUCCUGGCUCGUGUUGAAACACUGCAGUAUAAUGCUAAGCUGCUGGAAGCUCAGAUACUGGAUAUGCAAAGAGCCAAGGCAAAGGCUGACAAAGAACUGGAAGCCGAAAAGCUUCUGAAAGAACAGAAAGCAAAGGAACAUAAUGGUGCUCUCCGUGAAAUGGAGGAGCUUCAGAUGCAACUUCAGAAGGAAAAGAAGCAUCUGCAGAAAACUAUGCAAGAACUAGAGCUGGCCAGAAAGGAUGCUCAAAAGAGUACGCUGAUGGAUAUGGAAAUAGCUGAUUAUGAAAGGCUAGUAAAAGAACUUAAUCAGAAGAUCACUGAUAAAGACAGCAGAAUAGAAGAUCUCGAGCAAGAGACUGGGAUUCAGAAACAGAAGCAAGAGACCCUACAGGAAGAAAUAAAGUCACUUCAGUCAACUAUGCAACAGGAUGAGGAAAGAAAUGCCAAGAUAAAACAACUCCUGGUGAAAACCAAAAAAGAACUGGCUGAUUCAAAACAAGCUGAAAAUGACCAUCUAAUGUUGCAGGCAUCAUUAAAAGGGGAACUGGAAGCCAGUCAGCAACAAGUGGAAGCCUAUAAGAUUCAGGUGGCUGUACUAACGUCAGAAAAGCAUAAAGUUCAGGAACACCUGCGAACUUCUUCGGAGCAACAUCAGCGUACGUUGAGUGCUUACCAGCAAAAAAUUGCAAACUUGCAAGAAGAGUGCAAAGCAGCCCAGGCUGAACAAGCAUCUGUUACAUCUGAGUUCGAGAGCUACAAAGUCCGUGUUCAUAAUGUUCUGAAACAGCAAAAGAAUAAAUCUGCUUCUCAGACAGAAUCUGAGGGAGCCAAGCAAGAAAGAGAACAGUUGGAAAUGGUGAUAGGCCAACUUAAAGUUAAGCUGCAAGAUGCUCAGCAUAAUUCACAGAUGAACGCGUCUGAACUCCAGGCGUUGCAGUCUGAACAUGACACCCUGCUGGAAAGACACAAUAAGAUGCUGCAAGAGACGGUUGCAAAAGAGGCAGAGCUCCGUGAAAAGCUGUGCACAAUACAAUCUGAGAACAUGGUCAUGAAAACAGAGCAUGCCCAGAUGUUGAGUCAGCUGACAGCCCAGAACGAAACUCUCCGGAACAAUUUCAGAGAUCAAGUCAGGAACCUGCAAGAAGAGCACAGGAAGACAGUAGAGACACUUCAGCAGCAACUGUCCAGAGUAGAAGCUCAGCUCUUCCAACUCAAGAGUGAACCAAACACUAGAGGUCCAGCUGUUCCAAAUCCAGCAACAAAGAGCUUAAGAGAACGACGGAACACUGACCUUCCUGUUCUCGAUGUGCACACUGUAGCUAGGGAAGAGGGAGAAGGUAUGGAAACAACGGACACAGAGUCUGUCUCUUCAGCCAGCACCUAUGUACCAUCCUUGGAACAACUUCUGAACUCCCCAGAAGCAAAACUUGAACCAUCUCAGUGGCAAGCAGAACUCACUAAGGAUGAACUGAUUCAGAAACUAAACACAACAGCGAAAAGUGCUGAUCACUUGAACGAAUUACUUCGUGAAUCAGAAGCAACCAAUGCAAUCCUAAUGGAGCAAAUAAAGCUUCUUAAGAAUGAAAUAAGAAGAUUGGAAAGAAAUCAAGAGAGAGAAAAGUCUGUGGCUAAUCUAGAGUACUUGAAGAAUGUUCUAUUGCAGUUCAUUUUUCUGAAAUCAGGAAGCGAGAAAGAAAGGCUGCUCCCAGUAAUAGACACCAUGUUGCAGCUCAGCCCUGAAGAGAAGGGGAAGCUAGUAGCAAUUGCCCAAGGUGAGGAAGAGAGUACCUCACGGCCCUCUGGGUGGGCUUCAUACCUCCACAGCUGGUCGGGACUUCGAUGAGACAGUGG